AUGAGUGCUAAACCAUUGGCAUUGACGGGUCCAGGUGGAGCCAAUCAGUUGCAAGAUGAUCAGCUUCUCGUCGACGCUCUCCCUUACCUUGACACAGAAUACAAUGAAACCGAUCGUCAGUUGGCUAUGAAGCUCGUGGAACACGAGUGCAAAACAUUCCGACCGACGAAAAAUUACUUGACUCACCUUCCAGUUCCCGAUUAUGACGCAUUCUUGACUCCUUGUAUGCUGAAAGAAAUGAGUAGAAUGAAGAAAAAAGAGGAGAUGGAGAAGCUGGAUUUGAGUCGAUGCGAGCUUCCACCACCAUCAGCUGUCAAGGGAGUUGAUAGGAAGUUGUGGGCAAAGGUUCUCCGUAAUGCAAAAGCACAAAACGAGCAUCUAAUGCUUCGUCAAAUUAAUCUGGAACUGAUGGACGAAUAUGCUGCGGAGAACUAUCUUCAACGUAACAAACUCAUGGAAUCGCUUCUCACUCAGGCUGAAAAAGAGCUUCGAAUCACGAAAGAAGCUGUCAUGGAGGUGCAUGCGGCACGUAAAAUGGCUCAAUUGAAAGCAGGAGACAAAGUGAAACAAUUGGAGCAUUCAUGGGUCACAAUGGUUACCAAUAACUAUAGAAUGGAGAUGGAGAACCGACAAAUGGAAAGCGACAAUGCUAAACAAAUCAAACGGCUGAAAGUGGAUCCGUCGAAAUUGGAAGACAAAGAGGAUCAAGAAAACUGA